CGCGAUUACAAGUUCAGAAAGGAAGCUUUUACAGUUACAAGUUCAGAAGGGAAACUUCUGAAUACAGGCCAGAUGCAGAAGCCAGCCAAAGUUCUCAGUACAGUUUUGAAUCGCUACCCCAGAAGAUUUGCCUUAUCUGCGGUGAUGAGGCUUCUGGUUGCCAUUACGGAGUUCUUACCUGUGGAAGUUGUAAAGUCUUCUUUAAAAGGGCAAUGGAAGGGCAGCACAACUAUUUAUGUGCUGGAAGAAAUGACUGCAUAGUCGAUAAAAUUCGUAGGAAGAACUGCCCAGCAUGUCGCUUGAGGAAGUGCUGUCAAGCUGGUAUGGUCCUGGGAGGUCGAAAAUUUAAGAAGUUUAACAAAAUUAAGGUUGUGAGAACAUUAGAUGUCGCACUCCAGCAGCCAGCAACCCUUCCAGAUGAAAGCCAGUCUCUAACCCAAAGGCUGUCCUUUUCUCCAAAUCAAGAAAUACAGUUUGUCCCCCCGAUGAUAAGCGUUUUACGAGGCAUUGAGCCAGAAGUUGUCUAUGCUGGUUAUGACAAUACAAAACCCGAAACACCGAGUUCCUUGCUGACCAGUCUAAAUCAUCUUUGUGAGAGGCAACUUCUUUGUGUAGUCAAGUGGUCUAAAUUGCUACCAGGAUUUCGGAAUUUGCACAUCGAUGAUCAGAUAACUCUCAUCCAGUAUUCCUGGAUGAGUCUAAUGGUUUUCGCAAUGGGAUGGAGAUCGUACAAACAUGUCAGUGGUCAGAUGUUAUAUUUUGCACCAGAUCUGAUUCUAAAUGAACAGAGGAUGAAAGAAUCAUCGUUCUAUUCCCUGUGUCUAUCCAUGUGGCAGCUCCCACAGGAAUUUGUCAGACUUCAAGUUAGCCAAGAAGAGUUCCUGUGUAUGAAAGCACUGUUACUUCUCAACACAAUUCCUUUGGAAGGUCUAAGAAGUCAAAGUCAGUUUGAUGAGAUGAGAACGAGCUACAUUAGAGAACUGGUGAAGGCAAUUGGUUUGCGCCAGAAAGGCGUUGUGGCCAACUCACAGCGUUUCUAUCAACUUACAAAACUGAUGGAUUCCAUGCAUGAUCUGGUGAAACAGCUUCAUCUCUUCUGCCUGAACACAUUUCUCCAGUCCCGUGCACUGAGUGUUGAAUUCCCUGAGAUGAUGUCCGAGGUGAUUGCUGCCCAGCUGCCCAAGAUUCUGGCGGGGAUGGUGAAACCUCUUCUCUUUCACAAAAAGUGA